AUGGGACAUUUUGAUACUAUGUCAAGCAAUGAUCAACUGUCACAUUUAGGGAAAAGUUUGACUUUGACGGCAUCCGCCUUACUGGGCUCACACCAAAACGAUGAUAGAAUCCUAACUCAAAAUUCACAAUAUAAAACCAUUCUACAUUCCACUGUGAAUGGUAAAGAGAACGCAGGGUCGAGAAAUAUAAUAAGCAAAAUCAAGGAUAUGGAUUUCCAUCUCAGAGAUAGGAGGAGAAGUAUAGGAUUUCAAGAUUUACUUUCUGCAAAGGAUGGGGAAGAUUUUUUUAAGAAUCAGAUUACGAGUACAAGAACGAGUUUUAAAGUCUUGAGCCAUAUAAGCGACGAAUUAUUAUCAGAUAUACCAAGUCAUCUGUCCCCUGAAAAUAAGUCCAAUCUGGUAUUAAGUAGAAAGAUCACAAAUAAAAAAAAUGAUGGAGAAUACCUUAUCAAAAAUGAUGAUAGUCCAUCCCUUUUCCAAGGAUUCGAAGGUACCUUAGCGAUUAUUAAUAAUACUUUGGAUCAUCAGGGCUCAAAUACUUAUGAUAAUGUGAAACUAUUAAGAGGGGAAGAAGUCACUGAUGAUGAUAACGAUUUUAUACUGCCAAACGGAUUCACACAGGAGUCGAUUAGUCGAUCAUACUCUUUAAAUGUCCUCCGAGAUUUAUCAGAGCAAGUUAUCAAAGAGAUCGAUCUUUUUGAAAUCCAAAAAAAAUUUGCGGAGAAUGAAAUUAAUGACAUUGAUUCAAAGAUAAAACAAUUGAAAUUCAGAAGGAAAAAUGUCUUUAACAAGAUUGCCAGAAUGGAGAAGAAUGAAUUUCUUUUGAUGAGCAGCUUAGAAACCAUAAAGGAGCGAACUGACUUUCUGAAAGAAUAUGGUCUUGAAGCAACCGAGAGUGAUGAGUUAUCCGAGGUAAAUAGUCAGGCCAAUGAGCCUGAUGCUCAACUUAUGGAUUCACAUGUUUCAGAAAAGGAUAUAUUUAUAUUAUCUAGAGAUACAAAUACGGAUCACGAUGCUAUUCAAGAUAGUACGACGUAUAUGGAUAAUGAAGAUAGCAAAUUAACUCCAGUCGAGGGGUUACGACACUUUUUCCAAAAUCAAAAUAAAAAAUUUAAACGUAUUAUUCCAAAACUGCAACAUUAUUAUGACGAAGGAUCUCUAAUAGCAAGUCUUUCUAAAGCACAUAGUGAAAAUAUAACAUGUCUUGAUUUUGAUGUUCCGUUUGGUACGUUAUGUACAGCAGGGCAUAUGGAUAACGAAAUAAAAGUGUGGAAUUUAUCAAAAAAGAAGCAAAUUGGUCAAAUGAGAGGUCAUUUGGCCACUAUUAAUUGUAUGGAAUUCGAUAAUGACUACAAUAUGCUCGUUUCUGGUGGCAAAGAUGCUCUUUUGAAAUUAUGGGAUCUUAAUACAAUACCACUUAAUGUUGAACAAGACUCUACAUUUGAUGCAACCAAACCUUGUAUUUAUACUUUUGAUUCACAUAUAGACGAGAUUACUGCAUUAUCCUUAAGUUCUGAAACUUUGAUAAGUGGAUCCCAAGAUCGUACAUUACGCCAAUGGGAUGUCCGCACAGGGAAACAUGUUCAGACAAUGGAUUUGAGUUUCAUUACACUGCCUACUUCGUUAAGCUCGAAGACCACAUCGCCUGAACCGUAUUUAUUAUCGCCAGUUUCCAGAAAGAUGAAUUCAAUGGUCGGUGGAGUACAAUGUUUCGAUGCAGCAGUGGUCACUGGAACAAAAGAUGGGAUCGUCAGGUUCUGGGAUUUAAGGACCGGGAAAGUUGUUCGCCACUUGGAAGGUCAUACUUCAUCCAUUACAUGCUUGAAAUUUGAUAGUAAGAAUAUCAUUACUGGAUCAACGGAUAAAACAGUACGAGUAUGGGAUAUACGAAUGGGCACCUUGGCUGGAUUACUGAGUUUUGACACACCCGUGUUAUCACUAGAUUUUGAUACGGAUAAGAUCGCUAUAGGCACUUACGAUGAAUCUGUGAAGGUAUAUGAUAGACAUCAUGACGAACAAUGGGCAUGUAGAGAAGAUUAUGAUAAUGUUGAUGAAGCUCCCGCUGAAAUCUCAUCUAAAGUGGAGACGAUACGAUAUAAAAACGGAUACCUAGUCGACGGAAGAACUGAUGGUACAAUUAAUACAUGGGCUAUUUGA